AUGGCGUUUAGGACUCAUUCCAGGUAUUAUGAGUAUCUAGUGAUGCUGUUUGGGCUAUGUAAUGCUCCUUCUAUGUUUCAAGUCGCUAUGAAUAUCAUAUUCAAGCUACUUUUGAGAAGGUUUGUGCUUAUAUUUUUUGAUGACAUUUUGGUUUAUUCUAAAUCCGUGGAAGCACACAAGGAGCAUUUAAGUGUUGUGAUGAGAAUAUUAGAAGAUUACCAUUUUUUCAUAAAGGUUUCUAAAUGCACCUAUAUUGAAAAAGAGCUUGAGUACUUGGGGCAUUUCAUUUCGGGUGAAGGGGUUAAAGUAGACCAACGGAAGAUUGAAGCAAUGGUUAAUUGGCCAUUGCCCAAAGAUGAGUCGGCUUUGAGGGGAUUCUUGUGUUUGACGAGGUAUUAUAGAAGAUUUGUGAAGAAUUAUGAGCUUAUGGCUAAAGCACUUAAUUCCCUACUCAAGAAAGACAACUUUGAAUGGACUCAAGAAGCAAGAGAGGCAUUUGAAGACUUGAAGAGAGCCAUGACAAAUACACUUGUUCUUGCUUAG